AUGGCGACUCUAUACAGCGGCGUGCCCUCUCAAAUGCGGUUCCCGUUCUCCUCUUCCCACACUCACUACACGUCGAACGACGACGCCGCGGCGCAGAUUCGAAUGCAGCAGUUCCGGUACAGCAAUUACAGGACGCAGCAUGGCAUGGAAGGGUUGCUACCACCCCCUUCCCCACCCUCUCCCUCUUGUGUACCAGCACUGGGAGGUGGUGCCUUUGGGCUCCCGACCAAGCAGCAACAGACGAGACUGUACCCAAGCACCGAGUCGUCCAAUCACGUCUUUCGCCUCGCGUCGCCUCUAUUUCGGUCCCAAAAUGUAUCCACUUCAAUGUACAUGCAGCAGCAGCAGUCUAUGAUACACAAGACGUACUCCACACAGCAGCAACAACAGCAUCAACAGCUGCUACAUUCUUCGUCCCGUACGGGGGACCACCUCUCAGACGUGCUGCUCGUGUCACCAGGCGUCCCGACGCCAGUGGAACUCUCGAUCUAUGAGAUCAAACAACCCACUGGCUUUCUCCAUGUGACAAGAGGCAAUCAGACGGUCGAGUUUCUCGACGGAGUGGCCAAUAUGCCGCAGAAGCGGUAG